AUGUCCGAUCACCCGCCAAACGAAAACUGCAGCUUCCCGAUGACAGGGCCAAACUGCACAGAAACGUUUGCAGACUCGUUGGGAGGGUCGUUUGUCGCGGUGCAGGCCACGCUGGCAACCGUGUUUGUGCUCAUGACCGUGAUCGGUCUGAUCGGCUCCUACCGACUGACCAAAAAAACUGGCUUUUGCCUCGCGAUUGAAAACGCAAUGACAUACUGCGCGACAUUCUGCUGUCUCAUCGGCGCCAUUCGCCAAGUCGAUGCCAACGGCUGGCGCGACGUCUACCCGCUCUGGGUUGCAAUGCUCCUGUACGACCUCGGAACGAGCGCGGCGCUCAACUGCUGGCUGCUGGUCGUCCACUCUUGGGCCGUUUUCGUCUGCCGUGCUGUCGUGAGUCGCCGAUCAAAGCUGGCCAGGAUUGUCAAGCAUGUCUACGUGGCCAGCGUCGUGUACGCAUGGGUGUCGCAACCGUUCGCGACCAUGAUUGAGUUUGUGAUUGAGCCCAUCUGGAUUGGAAAGGUGACCCACUAUGGCCUGAGUCUAGUGCUGUUUGCAGUCUGGGUCGGAGGUGGCUCCUACUUUGCGACCAUCAUCCAUCGCGUGCUUGUUGAAGCCCAGCGCCGAUACGGCGACAUUUCGACUGCCGGCUCCAAUACUGCCAAUCAUGCGCCGUCAACCGAUGCCAAGUCGACCACCAAUGCCACCUCUGUCGUCGCCGGCAGCACGGAAGGUGGCACGACGACGAUGACGACGGCUACGGGCAAGAGCGGCACCACGCACCAGGAGACAGGAACCGACUAUUCGCGCGUGGCCAGCAAGCGCAGGCGGCUUGCUGUGCGUCGCAUCCAGCGCAUGAACAUUCUUGUCAUCAUCCUUGAGAUUAUUGCUCUCCUGAUGACGGCGUACAGUAUUUUCAACUGGCUCUCGAACAAGUGGAGCGUGGAUCCGCCGAACGUCAUUCCGCUGCCAACGGCUGGAGAUAUUCUCGUCGAGCACCUUUUCGACAUUCUCCAUCUGCUGGUGUGCGCCGCAGUAUUCUGGUUUUACCGAGUGACGCGUUCGAAGGGUGAUCAUGGUGCUUCGACGGCAGCUGGUCCCGGACACGCCAGCGCAACCAACCCAAGCGGCGCCACCCACCAGACUCGCGACCCCGAGAGCCUCGAGGACUCUAUUGGCGAGGAGGAAGUUUCCGAAUCCACCGGCCGAUCGCACAACAAUCGCACGUCGCGGCGCGGCAGCACACAGCACGCCCUUACGACUCGGCAAAGCCAGUCCUCCAUGGGCUUUGUUGGAGGCGACAGUGUUGCUUGGGCGGCCCCUCCAAGUUCCAAGUAGUUGUGUGUGU